AUGAUCACCAUCAAGGCGCAGGCGGAAUGCAUGACCAACCUCGUGCCGGCGGCGUCGGUGCCGGCCGAGAAGCGGUUCGUGGCCUUUCUCGACGCCAACUCGAGCCCGGCACUGUUGUCGCUCAGCAACGCCGGGCAGCUGAACCUGAUCCUCGACCACACGGGUAUUCCCACGAUUGCCGACUUUGGCGCCAAGAUUGGCAUCGACAGCUCGCACGCCGUCGUGGCCUUUGACGCCAGGCAGACGGCCGACGGCAAGCUCAGCAUCGCCGUCGCCACGGACCAGGGCGGCGGCAACUACGGGCUCAGCCUCGUCUCGUCGAUCGCCCCUGCCGACCUCGAGCAGGACAAGCUGCCCGACAGCGCCGUGCUCCGCAACUCCCAGCCGCUGCCGACUAUCUACGAGAGUGACUUCACCAAGAACAGCCAGCCCCUAGUCUUCCUUGCUUUCCACCCACCGGAAAGUAUCACCAAGGAGAGCCAGCUGGGGUUCGUCAACGUGGUGCUUGACACGGAGUCGGGCAACAUGGUGCUGCAGGUCGACACGUCAUGGAAGCUAGCAACAAACCCGCAAGCAAUCCUGGCCGUGGCGUUCGGCACGUGCCGGGUCGGCUCGGGGGCGUUCGUGCUGUACCAGAGCUCGGCAGGGCUCAAGCUGCAGUUCCGCACCUUCCAAGGCCACAACUUCCAGGUAGAGCCCGUGUGCCCGGCGGGCGCCACAGGCCUGGCAACGUACGUGCACCCCAAAACGGGGUACUCGGUGCUGCUAGUCGGCGGUGACACGGUCACCCAGUUCACGUCGCAGGAGUACGUGUCGCCGACGUCGGCCGGCACCACCAUCAUCGACGGCGCGGCCACGCCCGGGCUCAGGGGUCUACACGCGUCCGUCGCCCUGCAGACGGUGUCGGUGUGGUUCACGACCAAGACGGACAGCGCGUACUGCUAUACGGCCGCCGUCGACUCCAUGGCGUCGGGGCAGCUCGUGCCGCUACUCGCCGACGGCCACGGCGGCAAGCUGUCAGGGCUGCUGCAGGUGUCCGGGGCCGACCAGACCGUGGUUAAGACGUUGCUGUCGGCCGACCACAAGGGCCGCGUGACGCUGCUGCAGCAGGCGCCCGACACCAAGAUCUGGCGCAAGCGGCCCUUCUACGCGGCGUCGCGCACCAACAACGUGGCGCUGCACGGGCACGCCACGCGGUUCCAGCCCGUGGCCGAGGACCUCAACGAGGACCAGCAAAAGGCCAUUGGGUUCUGCCAGCUGCGCCUGGCCAGCACGGGUUACCUGCGCGCAGUCGUCAACGGGCAGGUGGCGGCGGUCACGGCCGACGGCGCCUGGUUCCAGACGGGCUACGACGGGUCGCUGACCGUCUUCUCCGAGUCCAAGGACGUGCCGAGCACGCUGGUCCACGUCACGGGCUUCAAGACACACGCCGGCGACGCCAUGGAGAUUGCCGUCGACGGCUCCAGCGACCCCACCGAGGCGCUCGUGGCCAAGCUGCGCGACAUCAAGACGGGCCAGGACCUGCUCGCCGCCAAGACCCAGGAGGGUGAGAGCCUGGUGCCGCAGGGCUCCAUCUCGUCUGCCGAUGCCGGCAAGGCCGCGGCCAUGGCGCUUGACAUCCAGAAGUCGGGCGGCGUCAUCCGUCCGCAGGGCGACGUCUUUGGCCUUCUCGACGACGUCUGGGAGGCCUUCAACUAUGUCGAAGAGAAGGUCAAGGACGCGGCUGACUGGGUGGUCGAUCGCGUGGGCGACGCCAUCCAGCUCAGCGUGACGCUCUUUGGCGAGGUGUACACGUUCGUGACCCAGACGAUCGACUCGGUCAAGAAGGCCAUGUCGUGGGUGCUGGCCAAGGUCAAGAUCGGCAUCAAGAAGAUCAUCGCCUUCGUGGGCUUCCUGUUCAACUGGGACGACAUGUUGCAGACGGCCGACAACUUCGCGGCCCUGUUCAACGCCGGCCUGGCCCUCUCGCGUAACAAGCUGUCGGGGCUCAACCGCGACACCAAGGCCUGGGUCAAGACGCUGCGCGACGCUGUCACCGACAGCGCCUGGGUCGGGGCCGGGGGCAUCACCGACCAGGAGGUCAAGGACGGCGUGCCCAAGGACCCCAAGACCGAGAUUGUGCACGGCACCCCCUACAACUUUUCGUCUUACCACCUGUCGCAUGGCGGGGCUCUGUCGGGCGCGACGGUCCCUGACACGGACGACAGCGGCUUUACCGACCUGUCGGAGCUGUUCAAGGAGGAGUUCGACAAGUUGGGCACCUACAUCUCUAGCCUGGCGGGCAACAUCAAAGACCUGCUGAGCGGGACGCACGACAGCAGCAAGAUCAUCACGGCGAUCGGGACUGAGACGGUCGACCUAGGGCUGGGGAUGCUCGCCGACAUCGUCGACGCGAUCUUGGGCAUCCUGGACAAGAUCCUGUCGCUGCUCGACACACUAGGCAAUGCCGAGGUGGAAGUGCCCAUCUUCACGGCGCUGUGGAAGCGCGUGACCAAGGGACGACCAUUAACGCUCCUCAACUUCUUCUCGCUCGUGCUCGCCGUGCCCGCCACCAUCCUGUACAAGCUCGUCUUCGGCACCAAGCCGCCCGCGCUCGGCGGCGGCCGCCUCAACGCCGACACGUUCGAGCUGUACCAGGCCGGCCGGCCCAUCCCGGGCGACCCGGAGCUUACGACCGACAUCCGCGGCUUCAUGCCGGCGUCGGACGUCGUCGUCACGCACCUGCUGGCCGAGAUCGGGAUUAUCUUCUCCGCCCUCGACCACCUCGACCCAGUGGGCGGCGCGCUGGCUGGCACGAACAUGGCGCGCGCGCGCCUGUACCAGUUCCCCGUUCUCAAGGCCGGCGGGGUCGGCGCCGCCGGGGAACUGUUCAGCUUGCCCAGCCCGCUGCAGAAGCUCAAGGACAUCUUCGACGGCGGCCUGCUCGACCUGAUCUCCAUCAUCAACAACAUGCCGCCCGAGGUAGGCGACACGGAGACCCAGAAACGGCUCCGCUGGAUUGUAAGCAUCCCGCCCCGCCCCCGCCUUCUCUCUUUCCUGAGCUUGUCUAUUUAUUAA